AUGGCUAAAUCGUAUCCAGAGAACGUUGGUAUCGUUGCCAUUGAGAUUUAUUUCCCCAAGAGAUACGUCGACCAGGCUGAAUACGAGCAAUUUAAUGGAGUAUCUGCUGGAAGGUACACUGUUGGAUUAGGAACGAAGAAGAUGGGUUAUUGUGAUGACCGCGAAGAUGUCAAUUCAAUUGCGUUAACAAGUAAGACCACGAUAACGAUAAUGGAUUUAAUGAACUUGAAAUACGUUCAAUUACCUGCUACGCAUGCUUAUAUUUUACCUGCCCAAUUCGAUAAAUCAAAAUCGGUAAAAACUGUCUUGAUGACCUUGUUUGCUGAUUCUGGCAAUACUGACGUUGAAGGCAUCGAUACAAUGAACGCUUGCUAUGGCGGAACAAACGCACUUUUUAAUGCCGUUAACUGGAUUGAAUCGUCUUCAUGGGAUGGUCGGUAUGCUCUUGUCGUCGCUGGCGAUAUCGCAGUCUACGCCAGUGGUCCCGCUCGUCCGACUGGCGGGGCAGGAUGCGUGGCCAUGCUGGUAGGAAAGGAUGCGCCAAUCGUGUUCGAGUCCGGAUUGAGAGCAUCCCAUAUGGAGCACGUGUACGAUUUUUAUAAGCCUGAUUCAAAGUCAGAGUAUCCUACAGUCGACGGACAUUUGAGCAACACGUGUUAUUUAAGAGCAUUAGACAAAUGCUAUACACGUUAUCUUGAGAGACUGGAAGCUAAGGCAUUGCAGAAAUCUUUUGCCAGGCUUUUCUACAACGAUUUCCGUCGCAAUCCUGAUAACCCAGACUAUUCUUCUCUCAAAAAUUUUACUUAUGAGGAAUCACUGACAUCGAAAGACUUGGAGAAAUCAUUGCUUGCUCUGUCAAAAGCGGAUUUUCUAAAGAAGGUGUCGCCAUCACUGGAUGUGUCGUCGCAAGUUGGAAACAUGUACUGUGCUUCAUUAUAUGGGUGUCUAGUCUCACUCGUAUCCAACAUACCCAGUGACGAUUUGCUUAACAAACGUAUUGGCAUGUUCUCUUACGGUUCCGGCCUGGCUUCUACCUUCUUUUCUGUCCGCAUAACGUCUUCGGUUACCAAUAUCGCCAAUAAUCUUAAUCUUCAUUCGCGUCUCCAAUCCCGCAUUCAAUUGCCUCCGGCGAAAUUUGAAGAAAUCAUGAGUCUUCGUGAAGGAUCAUACGGAAAUAAUGGUUUCGUGCCGGUCGGAGAUGGCAGUGCAAUCAGUGACGUGUUGUUCGAGGGAACGUAUUACUUGGCCAACGUCGACGAUAAAUGGAGGAGGGAGUAUAAGAGAUUGUGA